UUGAAAUCCCAGAGUGCUGUGCAACCCCAGCAGUAAAAGACAGAGAGAAGGGAAGGGGGUGUGACAGCAGCAGCAGCAUGCGCUUCUAGAAAAAUCUCCUCUGCAGAAUUCAAAAAGGACUUAAAAACUUUAAUGUAUUCUCCUUGGAACGGCUUAUACUUUAUUCCAUGAGUGCUGCAAGUGUGCUCACAUCUUACAGCCCAUCAGUAAUGCCUGGCCCCGUAAUGACGGACGUGGCAAUGAGAUUCUACAUCAGCCACUCUCCACCUCCCCUGCGAAGCUUCAUCAGCUCCUAUGGGGACCUGCAGAGGGCCAAGAACCGGGUCAACCAGUCGAAUGCCAACAGUCGCAACCAGCAGCGCUUCAAGCCCCUGCGACCCUGUCUCAGCCACCAUCACAGGACGGUGGAUGACGGCAGCCAUGUUGGCUGGAGCAAAAAGAAAACCAGUAAGAAGAGGGUGGUGUUUGCUGACUCCAGGGGCAUGUCUCUCACAGCCAUCCACGUCUUCUCUAAGUUUGAAGAUGAGCCGUAUCAGAAUAAGCCAGAUGACGGGAUCUCAGAGGAGCUGCAGUUCGACAUGACAGACCUGGAGACGGCCACCAUGGACCUAAAGAUCAGCUCAGUCCGCAGCCUGGCACUUGACUUUAAACAGCCCUCAGCCGACUAUUUGGACUUCCGGAACCGUCUGAUGCAGAACUCCGUCUGCUUGGAGAACUGCUCGCUGCAGGAGCGCUCGCUGACCGGCACCGUCAAGGUCCGCAAUAUCGGGUUCGAGAAGUCUGUGCAGGUGCGAAUCACCUACGACUCGUGGGCAACUUUCAGUGACGUUGACUGCACCUUCAUGAACAACAUCUAUGGCUGCCAAGACACAGACACGUUUGCGUUUGUUCUGGAGCUGCCAGCCUACAUCCCACCGCAAAACCGGGUCGAAUUCUGCAUCUGCUUCAAGGCCCAGGGCCAAACCUGCUGGGACAAUAACGACGGCAAAAACUACGCUCUCAAACAUGUCGGCUGGAGAGGAGAGGACUUGAACCCGGCUGCUGCUGAGCGAGAGAAGCCCAUUGAGCACAAAAGUGGGGGCGGCAAGUUAACGGAGCUGGGCUUCGAUCAGUUCGGCAGCCCACGCAUGUCCAGCGGACUCUUCCCGGGCUGGCAGAGCUGGGGUCAGAUCGAUAACAUUGUGCCUUAUUGGUGAGGACAUCACAGGGGGACAAAUCUGUGUUUGAGCACAGCCAGAAACUAGCAACGAAGCAAACAGUUUCUGCACACAAACCAGACAGAAACCAAAACGUAAAGAGCUGAACUGACCUGCUUUUAGCUCCAACACGGUCAUUUGGCCUGAUUAAUGAUUAAACAGUGUCUGGAACAGAAGGAGGGCUGUCCGCUGGAGGGGAAAACUGUCCUGUUUAACUUGUAAAAUACUGAUGUGCCUUCUCAUUGUGCCUUCCCACUAAAACACAGAUUGUAAGGCAUGAUCCCGAGCCCCUUUUGGGGGGCCUGACGUAUUAGAGUGCACUGACUGUGAUGUCCCUCUCAAUGUGACAUCUGUAAUCCAGGCUUAAUAAAUCCUUCAUAUUGAAGGGAAAGGUUGGGGAGUGCAUGGCAACAAAACACUUAGAGAAAACACUAAACGUCUGCACAACUCCCCCUGAAAUAACAAUAAUAAAAGUAAUAAUAAUAAUAUUAUUAACGAUGCACAUGAUUUCAAAUGGCCUCACUUUUUAAAUGGGAGCCAUGCAGCCCUGUCUUUCCCUCCGUGUAAAUUGAACAUGUUUGGUGAAGAGUGAUGUAAUUCUGAGGCCAGAUUAGAGAAGGAAGUACUGCUAAUAAGUGAGUUGUCACAGGAAGGUAAUUGCAUGUGAUUGGUUGGCUGGGACAGGAAAGAGGUUUGGAAAUUUGUGGGGGGUUUUAGUAUGUGAAGCAAAAGAACUGAUGAAAAGUUUGAAAGUGCCAUUGUUCUUGCUCUUACUCCAAGUGCAAUUUUUGAUCACGACUGUACAGAAUGUAUAUAUGAAAUGUUGAUCAAAUCCUUUUUUUCUGAAGCUGUUUUUUUUUUUUUUUGUCGCACUUGGAAGAAAGGCCAGGCUUUUUUUUUUGUCUCACUUGAAGGUGCGUGCUACUGACAUGCACCAUGUUGGUUCUCUUUUCAAAAUAAAUUUCUAUAUUUGUGCUAACACGUAAAA